UACAUUGUUGGCCCAGGCACAGCUUCUGUUGUUGGCGUUCUCAAGGCACCGCAUAUCAACCAUGAGAGACUUUGUAAAAGCUCGAAGAUUAAUGAACCUUUUGGAGCGCUGUUCCACCAUGAAACAUCUGAAGCAAUGUCAUGCUCGCAUAAUCCUUACUGGGUUUGAACACAACCUCCAUGUCGUCGGAAAGAUCAUUCUUUUCUGUGCCGUGUCGGAGCGUGGAGACAUGAGUUACGCCCUCUCCAUCUUCGAAAGGGUCGAACAACCAGAUGCGUUUCUCUGGAACACCAUGAUCAGGGGCUUCUCCCAGACCACCCAAUCCCAAAAGGCCAUCCAUUUCUAUCGCAGAAUGCAGGAGCAAGGAGAGAAACCAGAUAAUUUCACCCUUGCUUUCUUGCUUAAAGUUGUUGGGCGAUUGAAUUCUGUUUUUCUUGGGAAUCAGUUUCAUUGUAACACCCUUAAACUUGGCCUCUCCUCCCAUGCUUAUGUCGGUAAUUCUCUCAUGCAUAUGUAUGGUUUGCUCAAGGACAUUGACACCGCACGCCGCCUGUUUGAUGAAAUGCCCAAUGCAGAUUUAGUGACUUGGAACUCAAUCAUAGACUCUCAUGUCUGUUGUGGAAGCCACAAGGAAGCGCUCCAACUAUUCACGAGAAUGAUUCAGAAUGGGAUACAACCUGAUGAUGCCACUUUGGUAGUGACCCUCUCGGCAUGUGCUGCAAUUGGAGCUCUAGAUUUUGGGAGGCAGAUUCAUUCCUGUAUUAGAGACACCGAUAUUGCAGAUAUUACAUCCGUAUGCAAUUCCCUUGUUGACAUGUAUGCCAAGUGUGGAGCAUUGGAUGAAGCAUACGACACAUUUAGCAAGAUGAAAGUGAAGAGCAUAGUUUCAUGGAAUAUCAUGAUUCUCGCGCUUGCAUCACAUGGUAAUGGAGAAGAUGCAUUGGCCCUUUUUUCAAAAAUGGUCGAAGAGAAUGGCGAGAGACCUGAUGACGUGACAUUCUUGGGACUACUUUGUGCUUGUAGCCAUGGAGGGAUGGUUGACGAAGGAAGAAUGUAUUUUAAAGUUAUGGCCAGAGACUAUAAUAUCCAACCCACAAUUAAACACUAUGGGUGCAUGGUAGACCUUUUGGGUCGAGCUGGCUUAGUUGAGGAAGCAUACGGCUUGAUAAAGAGCAUGCCAGUGGAGUGCAAUGCAAUUGUCUGGAGAACUUUGUUAGCCGCAUGUCGAGUUCAUGGACGUGUUGAACUUGGAGCGAAGGUGAGAAAACAUUUACUGGAAUUGGAACCAGAUCAUAGCAGUGACUAUGUUCUUCUUGCAAGCAUGUACGCAAGUGCAGGUCAAUGGAAUGAAAUGAGCAGAGAGAGAACAUCAAUGAAGGAAAGGGGAGUUCGAAAAACAGAGCCUGGAAACAGCUUCAUUGGCAUUUCUGGAGCGAGUGUAGAUAAACAGUCUAUUGAAGGAUUGGCGCAAUACUGUACGUGGUCAUUGCUCCGUGCUUAAAUUUAUUGUAUGGUUUUGUGCACCUGUAACAAGUUUUUAUUUUUUAUUUUUUUGAGAUAAAAUUUCCUUUAACAAUUAGAUGAGAUUCACUUAAAACAUUGGCCGGCCGAUUCUUUUGAGAGUACAGCAUAACAGAAAUCCUUUUUCUUUUUGUACAGAAGAUUGAUCCAUCUGAUAACACAUGUAACUUGCUAGUUCAACUUGAUGUA